AUGGGUAACAUCAUCAGCAGCAUCGCCCGAGGCAUCAACGCCGUCCUUAUGGCCAUCGUCAACGUCAUCACGACGAUCGUAUCCGCCAUCGCCAACGUCCUCCUGGCCAUCUGGUACUUCUUCGUCAAGCUCAUCACUUGUGGAAAGUACCGAGGAACCAGGAAGAACGUGAGCUGGGGAAAGAGUAGGCGUGCAAGGGUAUAA